UUUAUAUUAUUCUUCUAUUGAUUUAGAAACCUGCAGGAGAAUGUUUUUUUCAUAUUUUAGAGUAAGAUAGUAAGACUGAUGCACCGAGUAAAAUGCAAAAAAAAGAUAGUUUGUCAAGUCAUUCGUCUAUUUUCUGAGUGAUCACUAAAGACUAGAUUAGCAAGUACAAUCAUUGAAAUCUAAUCUGAAAGUCCUAGCGUUUGAAGCUGAAGAUAACCGGUAGUAAAGUCAGUAUCAAAGCAUCACAUGCUCAAGUGGGGUGUGACAUCAGCUUGUCUACAAUAAUGCAUUUCAAAAAUUUGAAUAAAGUAAAGUUUCUCGUGUCAAACGGAUGAAAUUCGUCCAACCAGAGAUAACGAUGCAAGGAAAAAUGCACAAGUGCUAUAUUCUGUGCUGCUGUGGCGAUAGCAAUAGCGAUACCAACAGCGGCAACACCGGCAUGGAAAAAAGCGCAGAUGGCCUGUUGUUUCGCACAGAGAGAAACAACGGAGUCGACGACACCGUCAUGAGGGUGGUGGGGUUCGACGAACGAGUUGCUAUUCUAGACGCGGGUGCUCAGUAUGGGAAGGUGAUCGAUCGCAAAGUUCGGGAACUCUGCGUUCAUAGCGAAAUAAUGCCACUUGACACACCUGCAUUCACCCUCAAGGAAAAAGGAUACAAAGCUAUUAUUAUCUCUGGUGGACCGAGUUCUGUUUAUGCCGAAGAUGCACCUCGGUACGAUGCGGGCAUCUUUCGAAUAGGUAUUCCCGUUUUGGGUAUAUGCUAUGGUAUGCAGAUGAUGAAUAAAGAAUUUGGUGGAACCGUUAUUAGAAAAGAAGGACGAGAAGAUGGUCAAUAUUCAAUUGAAGUCGAUAGCAAGUGCCUUUUGUUCAAGGGACUGGAAAAGGAACAAAUGGUAUUACUCACGCAUGGAGAUAGCAUAGACCGAGUAGCAGACUGCUUCCGAUCCACUGCUGUAUCAGGAAACGUUGUGGCGAGUAUCGCGAGUGACAACAUGAACUUGUAUGGCGUACAGUUUCACCCGGAGGUAGAUUUAACACCAAAUGGAAAAACCAUGCUGCACAACUUUUUAUUCGGAAUUGCCGGCCUCACAGGGAAUUAUACUCUUCAAGGUCGCGAAGCGGAGUGCAUUCAGUACAUCAGGGAUACUGUUGGCAACAACAAAGUCUUAUUGCUUGUGAGCGGCGGUGUUGAUUCGACGGUAUGUGCGGCGCUACUUCACAAGGCUUUGCGCAAGGAGCAGGUGAUCGCUGUGCACAUAGAUAACGGGUUUAUGCGAAAGGGUGAAACACCAUUCGUAGAGCAAAGUUUAGCUCAGUUGGGACUUAAGUUAAGAGUAAUAAAUGCCGCGCAUCAGUUUUUCGAGGGUACAACGACGGUACCAAUGGAUAAUGUCAAUCUAACCAACAGCAGUGCUUCCAAUAACAAAGUCUGCUUAGGAGGACCAAGAACCAGACUAACCAAGAUGCUGUGCGCCACUGCGCAACCUGAGGAGAAGCGUAAAAUAAUUGGUGACGUUUUUGUACGAGUUGCUAAUGAAGCAAUGAUGGAAAUGGGGCUAAAACCCGAAGAGGUUUUUCUAGGUCAAGGCACUCUCAGGCCCGACCUUAUAGAAAGCGCCAGUAGUCUAGUAAGCGGUAAAGCAGACACAAUAAAAACCCAUCACAACGAUAGUGAAUUAGUAAGAGCCUUGAGGACGCAAGGGCGCGUAGUUGAACCCUUAAAGGACUUUCACAAAGACGAAGUUAGGCAGUUAGGAUGUGAUUUAGGAUUACCGUCACCACUCGUUACACGGCAUCCCUUUCCAGGACCAGGAUUAGCAAUACGAAUUCUUUGCACUGACGAACCCUUCAUGGAUAAAGAUUUUUCAGAAACGCAGGUAAUAGUGAAGAUAAUGGCAGAAUACGAACAAAUGUUACAAAAAAAACACGCACUACUUAAUCGUGUUGAAGGAGCGACUGGUGAAGCUGAGCGCCAACACUUGAGACGUGUUUCAAGCCGGCAUCAUAUUGCUGCAACUCUCCUGCCUGUUCGUAGCGUUGGUGUUCAGGGAGACCGACGGAGUUAUAGCUACGUAGUUGGAUUAUCAGUGAAAGAGACUGCCGGAGAAGGAGUAAACUGGGAGGACAUGUUAUUUUUGGCAAGACUUAUACCGCGUGUUUGCCAUAAUGUGAAUCGUGUUUGCUACAUAUUUGGUGAGUUGGUUCAUCACCCGGUGACAGACAUUACCCCAACGUACCUGACGGCCAAUGUCGUCGCUACUCUACGACAGGCCGACCAUCUAGCCAAUCAAAUUUUGGCUUCUAACGGAUGUUUACAAAACAUCAGCCAAAUGCCAGUCGUUCUCAUCCCGGUACAUUUCGAUCGCGAUCUGGCACUUCGAGCACCUUCGUGUCAGCGCUCCAUAGUCCUAAGGCCAUUCUGCUCCAACGAUUUUAUGACCGGCCGGCCAGCAAUUCCUGGCAACGAGUUACCCAUGCAUGUGGUGAAUAAAAUGGUAACAGAAAUAUUAAACGUGCCUGGUAUUUCACGAGUUCUCUAUGAUCUGACGUCUAAACCGCCAGCUACAACCGAGUGGGAGUAGCAACGUUGUUUCGAUUUGAACUUCUACCCCUUUCUAUUUUUUCACCACCCUUGCGCGUAACAACAAGAAAAGCAACAAAGAAAGAAAAAAGAAAAAAAAUACUAAGAAACAAA